AUGGCCAGGGCAAGCAACAGCGGAUAUGGAGGAGGCGAUUUUGGGCAGCAGAGCCAUGUGCUAUGGCAGGACCUGGAGGAGCUGGUGGAGAAGGAGCAGCUGAGCUGCUGCGGCUCCCCCAGUUACCCCAAGAGCAUCAGUCGCCCAGAGAACCUGACAGCCACGCUCCUGACACGAGAUGGAGGAGCCUCUAAGCAGCUCCCAGUGUGCUCGUCACGGGCAGUGCACAUGAGCAACAGCAGCUUUCUUCUGGGCCUCAGCAUCCUCAUCCUGGCUGCUGGGGCCAUCCUGCUUGCCAUCAGUACUUGCCAGUGGGGUCGCUUGUGGCCAUGGGGACCACUUUGUCCCAGCACUGGUGGUGGCUGUCCCCAGGAAGGUGACUGUGCCACACUGCUCUUCCCACAGGGUGAUGGCCAGGGCAAGCAACGGUGGAUAUGGAGGAGGCGAUUUCGUGCAGCAGAGCCAUGUAACGCUGUGUCCCCCCUGUGUGGGCCCUGGCGCUGCAGGCCUGGCUGCACUGACUGCAUCAAGGCUGCGCAGGAGCUGCAGGAGCUGGUGCUGUCAGCGUGGGCUGGGAGAGGAGCUGCAGCCGCUCUGGAUGCUGGCACAUGGCAGGUGCUAUGGCAGGACCUGGAGGAGCUGGUGGAGAAGGAGCAGCUGAGCUGCUGCGGCUCCCCCAGUUACCCCAAGAGCAUCAGUCGCCCCGAGAACCUGACAGCCACACACUUGACUCGAGAUGGAGGAGCCCCUAUGGAGGAGAGGUCUGUUUGCUUCCUCGACCACACGUGUCCUGGCAGAGUCUCUUCAGCCCUAAAGACACACGUGGCUCGGAAAGCCCUGGAGAUACGGAUGGGGGCCCCGCCAAUGCCGGUGCAGAAGUCCCAGGAGCAAGCAGCACAGCAGCAGGGCUGCCUCCCUGUCCUGCCCAAGCUCAUCCUCCCGGGACAGAGCCAGCCCUUGCUGAGGCACGACCUGUGCUCACUGCCCAGACUGAGGCAGGCUGGGGCUGGGCAUCUGCUGCCAACCAAGGCUUCUGCCCAUGUGGCAAAAGCAAAGCAGCUGAGGCAAAAGGAAUGGGUCCUGCAGGAGCAGGUUCAGGCAUCCCUCACCUGCACUGUGCUCCCCAUGACACCGUGCUCCUGCCUGUAUUGCGUCUCCUCCUGCAGCCCCGUUCCAGGGGACAAGAGCAUCCAGGCAUUCCUGUAG